AUGGCAGACACUGACUCGUCUGGUGCUGUUUCCAGUGUUUGGGAUAGGAACCUCAGUAAUGCUCUACCGCGCACACCGACGCAGCCAGAACCAGCUCCAGAUCACCCCCAGCAGCACCCCCAGCAGCCCUUCGUCCUCUACCACAUCUCCACCAAGCCCAAGAAGCAGGCCCUGACCGAGCACCCGUCCGCGUCGUCUGGAACAGUGUCUACGCACCUCGUUCUCGUGGAGUACGACGGCAUCUACGUGCUCGCUCUCGAGGUGCAAGUCUACCGCUCGCCUCUCCACACCACCCUCUUCGUCUCCAAAGCAGACUCGACCGGCUUCUGCAAACUCAACCUCCGCGUCCUCGUCUCCGCCAUCCUCCGCGUUCUGCUAACAGCCACCGCAAGACCGGAAAUCCCUACCCGCAUCUGUCUCUUCGCCCGCGCGCAACCGCAGUAUCUCUUCCCAGACUCGGGCUCAAACGGCUUCAAACACGUCCUCUCCGACCGCCAACUUAUCCGCUGGUGGAUCAAAACUCUCGACCCCCUCCUCUCCCUCUUCACCCCUCCUCCCCUCGCCCGCCUCCUCAUCCCCGGCGCCGACAAAGCAGAACUAAAGCCCGCCCUCCAAUCCUCCUCCGCCCUCUGGUCCGCCGGCCACAUCUUCCACACCGACACCUCCUCGCUCGCGAUCGAGACCGUGCCGAACUUCCCCGACGACCCAAAGUCGCGGUUCCUCGACAGUCUUGCGGCCGAGAACCGCGGGAGGGAGACUACGGUCGCGCAUUUCUUUGACGAGCUGCAGAUGAGGCAGGAGUUUUUGCUGGGGUUUGUUGUGGGGAUUAUUGGUGUUGAGGGUGUCAUUUCUUGCAGCAGCAGCAGCAGCAGCAGUAGUAGUAGUAGCGAAGACGAACAUCUCGGCGCGGUGGUGGAGAUGAAGACAUACACGAGAAUCCACGACGCGAUCGUGACUGGAAAUUACGGAUCAAUACGCGAUACGCGGAAUGCCACAGCCGCCGUGCGCAUGGCUAUGCCUGAGGGCUCGAGGUUUGAAAUUAUGGGCACUUUGGUCGGGGAAGAGCAGAGUAGGAAAAAGACUGAGCCGGUGAAGACUCCGGCGGUGAAUGUGAUGAGUGGGAUGAUGGUUCGGAAACGGGCAAAGCCGCCUAGGGAUGUUGCAACUGCUCCUGAACAGACAAAGAAAGCAAAGAUAGAAGAGUAG